AUGGCUUCUACUCGCCUGGCCCAGAUCUACCGGUCAUGCCUCUUCCAGAUCAUUAUCGUCGGGCUCGUGGCAUUUUGCGAGCCCGGCAUCUGGACGGCUCUGAACAACCUCGGGGCCGGAGGGAACGCGUCGCCGUUCCUGAACAACGCCGCCAACGCGCUCACGUACGGGCUCAUGUCAGUGGGCUGCUUCAUCGCCGGCGGCGUCACGAACAAGAUCACUGCCAAAUGGACCCUCGUCAUCGGCGCGGCGUUCUACACGCCCUACGCGGCGGGCCUGUACUGCAACAACCGCUACGGGAACGAGUGGUUCCUGCUGCUCGGGGCCGGGUUCUGCGGUAUCGGAGCAUCGCUCUUGUGGGCGAGUGAGGCGGCCAUCGCCGUCGGCUACCCGGAGGCAGAGAAGAGAGGCCGAUAUGUGGGGAUCUGGAUGGGCAUCCGUCAGAUGGGUCCGCUCGUGGGCGGUGCCAUUUCUCUGGCGUUGAACAUCAAGACAUCCCAGAAGGGCAAGGUCACCUAUACGACGUACUUGGGCCUCGUCGCCAUCUCCUCGCUCGGAGCCCCUUUGGCCCUGCUGCUAUCGCAGCCUCAGAAGGUCGUCAGGACCGACGGCACCAAGAUCCCGUACAUGCGCAAGACCAACUUCGGCAUCGAGGCGCGCGCGAUCUGGAAGCAGCUGAAGAACAAGUACAUGCUGCUGCUCAUCCCCGUCUUCCUGGCCGGGCAGUUCGGCACGACAUACCAGGGAAAUUACCUCACGACGUACUUCACGGUCCGAUCCAGGGCCCUGGCGUCGUUCCUCACGGCCGUCGUCGGCGCCUCCGCCAACAUCAUCACCGGCGCGAUCUUGGACAUGAAGCGGUUCGAGCGGCCGGCCAAGUCCAAGGCCGUGUACCUCAUCGUGCUGACCUUCGUGACGGCGGCCUGGACGUGGAACGCCGUCAUCGAGACGCGGCUCUCGUCCAUGGCGGAGCCGCCGUCGUUCGACCUCGGCGACGGCGCCUUCUUCAACUCGGCCUUUACGGUGUACAUGUUCUUCAAGUUCUUCUACGAGAUGCUGAAGACGUACAUCUACUGGCUCAUGGCGGAGAUCAAGGGCGCGCAGGGGGAUGGCGACAUCGCGCGCACGACGGGCAUCCUGCGGUCGUGGGAGAGCAUCGGCAGCACGAUCGCGUACGCGGUGGGGGCGACGCACUGGCCGAACAGGAACCAGAUGAUCCUCGGCUUCUCGCUGUGGGCCGUGACGAUCCCGUUCACGCUGCUCGCCGUGUUCGGCGACUGGAACCAGGCCGGCGGGGACGGUGCGGCCGAGGUCGCGGACGAGACGGAGAGCGACCUCGAGAGGGUGGCGGUGCAGGGUAAGAGGGAUGCGGCGUGA